GCCGUGGAACUCGAUAGUUGACGUAGCCCUAGUCGUGUAUUGAACUAUAAUGUGCAUUUGUUUUUGUGCAUAAGAUUUUUCGGAUUUGCAAGCUAUUUAAUUCUUUCCUUUAAUGUGAUCGUGGUUGCAGCAGCAUGUAAGAAUGUAAAGUAACCGUGAAAUCGCUUUAUGGUUGGAAUAAAAAAAUUGCUAUUCAGCUGGACUAAACAAACCAUAGACAGCUGAUCACUGACUGCUUCACACCUGCUUCGAAUAAUAGAAAAAUAUUUACCAAAGUGGAUUUAAAAGACAUUUUUUUUUGUGUCAGACUUUUCAUAUAAGCCCAAUUCAAUAAUGGCGUUGCCCAGAAAUCUUACUUCAAAGAUCUAUGACAUUAAGGCACACGAUGGCAGAGUCACAAGUCUUGAUUUAGGCGAAACAGGACGCGUUUUAGUCACCGGGGGCGAGGAUCGCAAUGUCAACUUGUGGGCAAUUGGCCAAAAUGAGUGUUUUAUGUCCUUGACGGGACACAACCGCUCCAUUGACUGCGUUCGCUUUGCGUAUAAGGAUAAUUUCGUCUACUCGGCAGACGACAUCGGAAUAAUUCGAAGAUGGGACUUAAAUGCCCAAAAAAUCUACUCUACGCUAAACGGGCACAUGAAAAGUGUUCGCACUUUAGAUUUCAACCCAUCUGGGGAGUACGUCGUAUCCGGCAGCAAUGAUACAACUGUCAGACUCUGGGACGUGCAAAAUGAAAAUAAUUGCAUCAAGGUGUGCAGGGGACACAUAUCGCAUGUUAAUUCAGUAAAGUUCUCUCCAGAUGGACUAUGGAUUGCCUCAGCUGGCUUGGAGGGAUCCAUAAUUAUCUGGGACAUACGAAAAAGCAAACAAAUAAUGGAAUUCUUAGCUGAGCCGCCGGCUAGAGCCAUUACAUGCAUUCAGUUUCAUCCAUUUGAAUUCCUUUUAGCCGCUGGACGAGUGGACGGUACCGUGUCCAUUUAUGACCUCGAACAUCAGCAGCUUGUUUCGCAAACUUUACAGUUCGGCGAUUGUAUUAAAUGCAUUACGUUCAGUGAAGAUGGAGAGUGCCUUUUUGUCGGCAGUGCUUCAGGAAUUUCAGUGAUUGGCUGGGAACCUGAUCGUGAACUAGACCAUAUUAAGAGCAUUUGGACUUCAUUGGGCGAUAUGAAAGUGGUUAACAAUAAGCUUAUUACCGGAUGUCACGAGGAAGACACAGUUUCAGUUAACACCAUCAGCUUAGAUCGUUUAAAUCCGUUUUAUCAAUCGGUAAAGGCGAUUUCCACAUUUAAGCAUAACUCGACUAACAGAAAGAGUUUUUCACGUGGAAACCAAAAGUUUCGUCUGGCUCUAGGAGAGUUCAAGACCGAUGAGGAUCAGGAAGAGCAUGAGGACACCGAAGGGCAAGGCUUCAACCGGUUUUUGUCGUCUAACUUAAGUCUUGAGGUGGUAAGUGAGACUGUGCUAGAGUCUGGAGAGACGUCACCGAUGUCUUCGCUUCCUUCUGUUCAUCUUCCUCUGUCUGUGGGCAUGUCAGCGGACCUUGCACAUCCACAUGCGUUCUGCGGCGGCAUAGACUCAUCAUUAACGCGAGGAAAACCAGCCCAUUUUUCAGAGAGCCUGCCACACAACGACAGCUACAGUACAGAAGUUGGUGGAUCCACUCGCUUUAUAAGAAUGACUGGGCCAAGCUCCCUGCACAUACCUGAUAACUACAGCAUAUACUCCCUUGGCAAAAAAGUCGCGACCGAGACGGAAGAGCAGCAUCUAGAGAUCAACUUGAACGAGAGCAACCCUCCAAUACUAAUAAACUAUGAUAAUUAUGAUAUAGUCGAAGACUUUCCGGUCAACCAAAAUCUAAACGGCAUGACCAUUAACUACAAGCCCGGGCCUACCACCUCGACUAUAAAUGCGUCGUCAAAGUCUAUUAAGAAAACCACAAACAAUUCGCACAAAAGAACUACAAACAGCAUGGUCAGCAACAAGCAGACGACUACAGGUAUUUUUGGAGGCAACAAGCUUAGUCAAGUAUCGUCGGUUAGCUCAAUGGAGUUGCAUAAACUAGACGACAACAUGGUCUUGAAAAAGUCUUCUUCUUCAAGCGUAGUCAAUAGAAAUAAGCGUCCCAUGGGCUCCCAAUUGUAUAAGGAAAACAGUCAUCAAAAAAACAUAAGCGUGGAAAUUAUAACAAAACCUCCGAUUCGCUCUCGCACCUCUUUGGACAUGCGCGCGGCACGUCCAAACAAAAGUCUGGAAAAGCAUAAUAGUGCGGCAUCAAGCCAUGAUCAUUAUGACUUUGAUGUGCUUGCGAGAUCCCACGAGGCUGUACUUCAGGAACUGAGUAAUCGCCAGACCAGUCUGGAUAGGCUACGAAGCGCUACACGGUCACACGAUGUUUUGGGCGCCUUGAGGCAAGCCAAGAAUACCGGAAAAUCUAUUUUUAUAGAUCUGCUUGGAGCCAUACUAGAAAAACCAUCCUCGUGGAAUUUAGAUUUCUGCAUGUUUGUUUUGCCAGAGAUAUAUGACCUUUUACAAAGCCAACAUAAGUUUCACUUCACAAGAGCCUGCGAUGCACUACGUAUAAUUCUCUCAAAUUUUUUGCCAACCAUCCAAGAAAACCUCGAUACCUGGACUGCAAAUGGCCUUGGUGUCGAUGUGACGCGUGAGGAUCGUCAGCGAAAGUGUGCCGAGUGCCAACGGUGGUUGCUUCAGAUCAAAAACUUGCCCGAAAGCAUCCACUUGGGGACCACUUUGUCUCAGCUUCAAAACAUAAUAAUUUUUUAAGGUCUACGUCCAUGUGGGUCUGUUCAGUUAUAUAUGCGUAUUGACCGUUACAAUAAUAGUCAAAAAAAGAAAACCACCAGCUUCCUGUAAACUGCGUAGAACCAGAGUUAAAUUAAGUGGCCUCAUUUGUCGCUCUAAGCUGCCAAAAAGAAUUUUAAACAAUUGAUGAUUUAGGAAAAUUUGGAACCCUCUUGGUCAGCAUUAACAAUUUAAGACAUUAAACGCGUUAUAGAAUUCAAAUAAAUUACGAAACUAUUACAUAAGUAAAAAUUUGUGACAAUUUUCUAUGGGUUAGUGUGGGUGGAACAACAGGUACAACUGAGUAACCCCCU